AUGGACAAGCAAUCGCUAACAAAUAAACACUUGGCAUCUCUAACUAACACAUCCAAGCUCAUAUCGUGGUCAAAGAAUGGAUUCAUCGCCUACAGCUCACCACUAGCUUCUUCCACAAACAAUCUUUACCUCACCUAUUUGGAAAACAUCAAUGGAAAGACUUGGCAAUUGGCACCACCACAACCAAUCAACAUCAAACUAGAAAACAACUUCCUUCCAGAGAUAAGCCUCGUCAGUUGGAGCUCCCUCAACACCGACUUGGCCAUUGCCGAUGUGUACGGAAACUUCUACAUUCUUUUAGCCGGGGUGGGACUAUUAGACGACACCACCACCACCACUACCACCACCACUGGAAGAACCCUGCCCACUACAUUCCUGCCUAGUUAUGAACUAACCUCAUACAACCACAUGGAGAUGAUCUACCGCGAUAUUAUAAACCAAGACCUGAAAUCAACCGUCAACCCAGGCGCUUCCAUCAUCGCGUUCAAAUGGAUGAAUAUCGAAAAGGCCCAAUUGAUGAACAAACCAGCCACACUAGUGCCUGAUUCCAAUUCACCAGUGCCCAAUUCUAAUAACGGCCAAUUUGCCUAUACUUACGGCGCAUCCCUGUUCCCACCCCAUGGUGCCACCCAUCCACUAGCCACCAAACAAGCGUGCGUUGCCCUUAGGCAAAACGGCCAGUUCAUGCUUUACUACCAGGGUGAACACAAAGUCGAGUAUCACAAGUUAUGUGUGGGGUUGACCGACGGAAUCAGCGUAAUUACAAAAGCGUCUAUCGGGUUCGCCAACGACAAACAGAUUAUCAUCACCGCUUACGAUUCAAUCACAGACACAAUCUCAACCUAUUCCGUGGUGAUUGACUGGGGGUUCCUUGUGGAAGCCGCUAAGCGACAAAAGGUCGAUCAGCAUUACCAUACACCCAAGGAAGCUCAGAAACCAGUCAAAAUGACGGUGAAUCGGAUUCAUGAUAUGAAACCAGCGGUCAAGUUUCUUGAUGACGAAGAUGAUCUGGACGAGGAUAAGAUGGAUGUGGAUAAUGUCAAGUACACUAUUGGUGAAUUGGUUUCGGUAGAUGUUAUAUCAGCUAAUGCGGAAAAGGACAGUAAACCUAGUGUAUUGAUAGGCUAUGCAUACACCAAUCAAUCGGAUCAUAUUACAUCUAUAAUUUACAGAUAUAAUAUCACCGACAAACUUGAUCUUGUCAGUGAUGCAUUUAUGGAACUUGGUGCACGAAAAGGAGUGGUUUCGCCUUCUACCCCAACCAAGAAAUCGGUUACACUCACACUAAUGGACAAGAUUACCCGUCUGGGGCAAAUCCGACACAUAAAUACCGUACUCAACGAUUUCUACAUGUUGAUAGCGUACAUGGAUGGUAAGAUUGACGUUAUCGACUUGUCCACGUGGAAAUUAGUCACUCACAGCACUGAACAAUUCCCACCAACUUCAAUAUCCACGAUCUUCGACGUGGGGUUUUCCUUCCCCAAAAUCCCUCACACCAACCCACUAAUCCUUGCAGUAUCACCCAACAUGACAUCCCUUGUAUAUACCGAAGUCUAUUCAGACAAGCCAAACUUGUCGCUUGUGAUGGUGGAAAAGACAAGACAUACAGGUUACAGUUCGCGAGAUUUGUUCACCACAUCCGUAGGGUUUGCAUUCAGACACGCAUACACAUGCUAUACCAACACUUGCAGCGAUGACUUACUUGUGCUCAUCCAAUCGGAAAUUGUUCGUUUGCGAGCUAAGUUAAGUGAAACCAAAGCAAACAGCAACGUCGAUGUUAUUCUUGAUAAGUUUGUGGAGUCGAUAAUCACGGAAAGUCACAAAGCGAUAAACUUCCAAUUGGAUGGGUUUAGUCGGGAGUCUGUUGAUAAGUUAUUGCUGAACCCACCAUUGCAAAAGUUGCUUAGUUUGCAACUAGUUCUUGGUGAAUUCCUUGGUACCAAUAGCAUUUCCAGUGAUAUUGCAUGGAUGAUUUUGAAUUUACGAAGCACUUCCUUUGGAAUCAUGUUUAGUUUGUCGAGCAUCUACAGACAGAUCCUGAAGAAGAAGCCAUCUGAAGAUAGUCUCCAGGACUCAAUCGCGCGGGCCGAGUGCAUAGUCAGUUUGAUUGGGAAUAUGAAGUGGUUGAUUGAUCUCAUGGUUUACCUCAACCAGGAGCUCCUCCAGCUCUCGCUCUGCAAACGAGACGAGGACUCCAAGAACUCGCGAGUCACCAUUGCCAAUUCUAUUGUGUUGCCUGUGAUACUUUCUAAAGUGCCACGUUUGUUUAUCAUGUAUGCCAUUUCGUCCAUUGGAAAGACCCACGAGAUCCUCAAGAAGUUGCACAAAGACUUGAAUGAAGCCAACAAGUUGUUUACGCCGAUGAAGGAGAGUUUGAACCGGUACUUUACCAUAUGUGACCAUGCGCCGCUCACGCUCCUGCUUUUUGAAAACUUUCUCCGUGAAUGUGACGCAUUAAUUACCAAGGAACUAUCGACGAGGGUCACCACCCCAGGUGUGGUAUUACGACUUGAACAGAAACUCGUGUGUCGUGGAGAAAUAACUGGUGAAAUGAGCCAGAUUGCACCAUAUAUUAUCGAACGAUACGCUGCAAACAUCAACCGAGAAUUGAAAGCGUCUGACUUGUACUUUUUCGACGUGGACUGGCUAGAUAUUGGCAUUAUCAGGGAUCAACUGAGGGAGUCAUCGCCUGUCCUUGUUGACAGCAGCACUAGUAAGAUUGCACCUAGGUUGCGCAUGCAGGACGGAUACAUUGACGCUUUGAGGAAGAUUACUAUUGGCGGAGGAGAAAUCAGAAAGUGUACGCGAUGCCGGGCCGUGAGUCUUGUUAGUGACCCGCUUGUGUUUGAUGGGUCAGUAGGUCCUGGGUUAUGGACGAUGGUGUUUCAAAGAACUUGCCUUUGCGGGAGUGUCUGGGUGAAUGUAAACACAUCAAAUAGACAUUAA